UACACCGGCUGAGUGAUUGAAAUCGCUGGGAAAGCCAGAGUAAAUAUGUUUGUAGUCUCCAAUGAUUAAAUAACUAUGUUAAUUCCUCUUAGUCUUUUUGCUAGUUCGCAUGUACAAUUAAUGUUUGCUAAGUCCUGACCCAGCACACCCUUCAGGAUGUUGGUUGGCUACAGCAGCAGCUCGGAGGAGGACAGCGAGGCGGCAGAGGCGACUGAACAACAUUGCUCUCGAAAGUGUGAAGAGGAAGACGACAAUGGCCGCCCUGCGAGCAAGAAACCCAGAAUUGAGGAACAGCUUCCUAAAACAAGCAGGCUGCCUCUUCCUGGUUGCCUUAUGGCCAUGUUUCCAGAAGAAGUGGACUCACAGACUGAAGACAGUGCACUUCAUGGUGGACGCAUCCGCUCCUUCAAACACGAGAGAGGCAACUGGGCCACCUACAUUUAUUUGCCAUACCAUCCUGAGGAGGAGUUCAGGGAGUUGUUGGAUGCACUGCUCUCUGUAGCAAGGGCCCAUGGUGCGGUUUUGACCCCGCAGGAGGAGUUCCACCUCAGCCUGUCCCAGACGGUGGUGCUAAGACACCACUGGAUCCAGCCCUUCACACAGAGCCUCAGGGCAGGCCUGGUGCACUGCAAGAGGUUUGUGUGUUCAGCGGGGAGAGUGAGGGUCUAUUGUAAUGCUGAGAAGACGAGGACCUUUCUGGGGAUGGAAGUUUGUACUGGGCACGCUCAGUUGUUGGACCUGGUCCAAGCCGUGGACAGAACAAUGACAGAGUUUCGCCUCGACACUUUUUAUAAGGAUCCAUCUUUCCAUGUGAGUUUGGCCUGGUGUGUUGGAGACUUGGCAGGACAGAUGAAGGAGUGCAUUCAGGAGCUGCAGAGUCUGGUGGAUGACCACGAAGAUGGCCCAUUUCUGCUGAGGUUAGACUGCGUGGAGCUGCGCUGCAGAACAGGAAACAAGACCUUCCGCUUCCCUCUGGAAACCUAAAAUUUGACAUUUGCACCCUGACCACUGGACCUUUUACAGCUACAUUAUUCUGACCCACAACACUGAGCCCAAUAAAGACAAAUUAAGGCUCAAUGGCAAAAAUAAGGACUAUAAUAAUGUUAAUGUAAUUUUCUACAUUAUUUAUAUACAGAAUUAAAAUAAAGUUGCGACUGGUUUUGUACUUC